CAAACGUCUCUUUAAUGACCGAACGAACAAACGAAGCAAACGCAUAGGCAAGGAAAUAAUGAUCCAACUAAGGCAACCCCAACAACACCGACGCAAAUGUAACCGUCGUGACCGGGCCAAGCCGGCCCAAUCGAAUCCGAUCAGCAUCCGCGCGAACGUCGCCGCACGCGCCUCUCUCCCGGCGACAUCACCGUUUCCCCAACUUCUUACACAUGCGGCACACGCGCCUCUGGACAGCCGGCGCAUUGCUGCCGCUCCUCCUCGUCCUCCUACUACUCCUUACAUCCCGCCGCACCGCCACUGCGAACUAACGUAGAUUUCUUACAUGGACAGAUCCGACGCUCCCACCUCGACAUCGACUCCCUCGCCAAUACCGCAGCCUCCACGUCCCUCCCACAAUCCCUCACCCUUACGUGAGGACUGCUGGAGCGAGAAUGCCACAUUCACCCUCAUAGAAGCAUGGGGUGACCGUUAUGUCGAGCUCAACCGCGGCAUCCUCCGUCAGAAACGAUGGCAAGAAGUCGCCGACGCCGUCAACGCCGAUCACAGCGCAAACAAGAAGGCCCGUCGCACCGACGUCCAGUGCAAGAACCGCAUUGACACCCUAAAGAAAAAGUACAAGAUCGAGAAAGCUCGGAUUCUCGACUCCGAUGGAACCCUAAGCAGUAAAUGGCCCUUCUAUUACCGCCUCGAUUCACUAAUUGGAUCCACCGCACCUGCUAAGAAGUCUCCGUCUCCGCCUCCGCCUCCGCUGGCGCUUCCUUUACCCUAUCGACAGACCCCUCUUUCGCUCCCUCACGCUUUGCCGGUGCCGCUCCUCGUACAAUCCGGUAAGGAAAACCGGCCUUCCCCUGCUGUUGAUGAUUCGUUCUUCCGCAGGAAUUUCUCUGCGGCCGCUGCUGCUGCUGCUGCUGCUGCUGCUGAUAAUGUUGAUGAUAAUGAUGUGGAUUCUGGAUCGUCCAGUUCGAGCAUGGAGAGCUGGCAGAGGGAGAGGGAGAGGGAGAUGAAUGGGUUUCAUAUGCUGGCGCAGGCGAUUUCGAGGUUUGGGGAAAUUUAUGAGAAGGUGGAAGGGGCCAAGCAACGGCAAAUGGUUGAAUUGGAGAAACAGAGGAUGCAGUUCUCCAAGGAUUUGGAGUUUCAGAGGAUGCAGCUUUUUAUGGAUACCCAUGUUCAGCUUGAGAAGAUUAAUCGUGCUAAGACUAAGAGAACUGCUACUUCUGGUAGUUACCUAUAGCCAGCCAUUCGAGAGAGCUUUUGUGUGGAGUUUGGUUUUGGGAGGUUCAUUUUUAGUUCACGAUAUCUGGGAUCACUUCAGCUGCUAAGCAAACUUGCCAAAUGUUGAGAGAGGAUAAAAAGGAAGAAUGUUACCACUGAUGCCUAGGGUUGGAGGCCUGGCUGACAAUGAAGCUUGGGGAAGAAAUGUAUAGUAGGUAAAUACAUGCCAUGAGCUCUUUUUUUAUUUUUUUUAUUU